ACAAACCCAACCCAAGCUUUAAUUUCCUUAAGGCAAAAAAAAAAGAAAAGAAAAGAAAAGAAAGAAAAUCCUGAAAUUCUCUCAUCUCAUGGCUUCAUUUCAAUUUAUAGCUGCAGCACUCUUCUUGGUUGCUGCUGCUGUGUGUGGAGGAUCAAAUGCUCAAUUGAGUCCCACGUUUUAUGAUAACACAUGCCCAAAUGUCUCGAGCAUAGUACGCGGUGUCUUGGAGCAGGCUCAGCAAACUAAUAUCCGAAAUGCUGCCUUUCUCACUCGACUUCAUUUCCACGAUUGCUUUGUCAAUGGCUGCGAUGGGUCCCUUUUGCUAGACAAUGCAGAUGGAAUAGAGAGUGAGAAAGAUGCAAAUAUUAAUAGGGCACUUAAUGGAUUUACUGUUGUUGAUGACAUCAAGACUGCAUUGGAGAAUGUUUGCCCAGGUGUUGUCUCCUGUGCUGAUAUUUUGGCCAUUGCAGCUGAAAUUUCAGUUGUUUUGUCAAAAGGUCCAUCAUGGGAAGUUCAACUCGGAAGAAGAGAUAGCAGGACAGCAAAUAAAGCUGGCACUAGUGGCCUCCCACUUUUUAAUGAAGACCUUAGUGCCCUUAAAGCCAAGUUCAGUGCUGUUGGACUCGACUCUACCGAUCUAGUUGCUUUAUCUGGUGCUCAUACAUUCGGACGGGCUGGAUGCUUGACUGUGACCCCACGCCUUUACAACUAUAACAACAUUAGUGGAAAUGUAGACCCAACCAUGGACCCAACCUACGCGCAAACACUUCAGCAGACAUGCCCAGAUCCCAGCACUCCUGCAGGCGUCAAUACUAAUGUGACCUUAGUCAACCUUGAUCACACUACUGCUAAUGGCUUUGACAACAACUAUUUCACUAACCUCCAGAACAAACAGGGGCUUCUCCAGUCUGAUCAAGAGUUGUUCUCCACCAGUGGCGCUGAUACCGUUGCCAUUGUUAACCGCUUUGGAAACAGCCAAAGCGACUUCUUCACUAGCUUUGCUCAAUCCAUGAUCAAUAUGGGAAAUAUAAGUCCACUGACAGGAAAUAAUGGGGAGAUAAGGUCUAAUUGUAGGAGGGUUAAUUAAUUUGGUCAUUUGAUAUCAUGGGAGCACAACUUACAAAAGAAUAUAUUAUUUGUUUGGAAUUUUCAAGUGCUUUCUUUUUUUUUUCUAGCAUUUUUGUUUUGUUUUGUUUUAUUUUGUUAUUUUGUUUUUCUUCCCUCCGUUUCUUUUAGAAAAAUGUCAUGCAUGAAUUGUAUUAAACAAUUGAUCUAUGGAAUUAAGAACAAAAAAUAAUCUCAUUGCCAGUAAAGAUGGGAGUUUGUUAAUUUUAUUCGUUUGUCUUUGUCAUACUUCAGCAGUUUAAUGGUC